AUGUAACACUAAGGUGAUCUCAUGAUCAAUGUAUAUAUAAAUUCUUCUCUUAGGCUGAUUUAAUUAUCAAACAACUCCAAUGUGCUGUGUGCAUCAAUGAAUUCAAUAACCCAUUCCUAACAAAAUGUGGUCAUAGCUUUUGUUAUGUAUGAAUUGAAACAUUUAAAAAAGAAUUGCAUCGAAGAAGUCAUCAACAGAUACCAUAAAUGCCCUUUGUGCAACUUAGACUUAAAUAAAACAGAUCUCUAUAAGAAUAAUCAAAUUAAUCAAAUCAAAUGUACUUUCUUGAUUCACAUUAGAAAUUAUUGAGGAGCAGAAAAAAUAAUAAUUAAACCAUAAAGUGAGCAAUGUGUUUGGAGAGUAAAAUGCAAAUGCUUUCUUGCCUGAUUAUAAAAUGAUAUCAGAGGUAAAUCAAUAAAAUAAAUGAGAUGUUUAAAAAUGCAGUCUAGCAAAUGUACAAUGUAUAUGAGAGUAAGUAUAUUGAUGCGAUUGAUGAAUACAAAGCUCGAUAGCAGGAACUUAAAAUUGAUUAUACACAAAGGUUAGAUGCAGCCAUGGAAGUAAUCUACUUAGAGUCAUAAAAAUAGGAUCAUGUCAAAGAAUAAAUCACCAAUAAUUACAAAGAGGCAGUCAAACAAAUUGAAACCAGCUUUAAAUAACUCAAGGAUUAUUAUGCAGACUGUGUGUAUAAAUCAUUAGAGUAAUUUAAAUGCGAAUAAAUUGAUGUAAGAAUUGUAUUAACUGUUCAGAUUCUAAUUUAAAUUGUGUUACCAAAACAGAACGCAUAAUUUCCUUGGCCAUUUAAAGUUAACAAUAGAAUUAGUUCAAUCGCUGAAGUAAUUUUCCAACACUUUGAUAAAAAAAAUGAUCCCAUCCAGAACUUCGAUCCUUCCAAAUUAAAAAUUAUAUUCUGCAAACCCUAAGAUCUUUACAAGAUUAGCCAGUCAGUAUUAAAUAAGGAUCUUGAUGUUAUAUCUCAAUAAUAUCAAAUUUAUCCUAUGAAUAGUGAGAUAUUUUUGGCAUCUUUAGGUCAGGUUAAGCAAGGCUCGAUUAUUGUUGUUAUUAGUGACAUCAGUUUAAAGAGCUAAUAACCUCAGGAAUGCAUUACAUUUAAAUUUAAUAAAGAUAGAUUAGUAGAUUAUUAUAGUUGUCUAUAAUGUAAAAUACAUUGGGUGUGCUAAGUAUGUAAGGACUUUUGUCAUUAAGGACAUCAAUUGUCCAUAUAUCGGUAACAAGUCAAGCCAGAUUGGGCUUGUUGUUAUUGUGUAUCAAAGGGAUUCUGUAAGGCAUUAAAUAAAAAUAAUUAAUGA